AUGCGACGCUUGCCAUGGCUGCUAUGGGAACUCGGCACAGCGUUUUGGCGCGUGGCCUCAGAGCCGCAAGGGUUCCUCUGGAUCAGCCAGGGCUCGGCUCUGCCGCCGGCCUGGCUGACCAAAGCCGCGCGCGAUGAGGAGACCUUUGUCCUUUGGGGAAGCUUCGGCAGCUGCGAGCGCACCUUGGACCUGCCGAGGUUCUGGCAUGUUUGCCUACCGCAGGUUCAGUGGAGCUUCGGCAGCCCGGUGAAGGGGAACCUCACCUACACCCCGGGCAGGAACUUGAUGUAUCGCCACGCCCUGCAGCUGGAGGAGCAGCAAGGGAGGUUUCUGUACUUGAUUUUCGCGGACGACAGCGGGGAGUUUGUGCUGCACCGCUGCUCCACGAGCGCGUGCGGGGAUCUGGACAUCCGACCGGACUCGGAGUCGGAGUCGCCCAUGACGUUCUUCCAGCGGCUGCUGGCGCACGACAUGCCAGCAGUGGCAACUCCUCUCAAUGACAUCGACGACUCUCAGUGCUUCAGCCCAUUGGAAAUGCGGGUUUGCACCUCAUCGCUGGACCACAAGGUGAUCGCCUUCCACGCGUCCGCCCAUGAAAUGCUCCUCCCCUACGAGGAGGGCUUCGAGCGCGUCUCUUUGUUCGCCUCCCAGUGUGCGGUGAACGAAAUCCUGGACUCCGCCUUCGAGGGCCUGGCGGUGAGGUACCGCGCCUUCCGGCGCCCCGAAACUUCGGGCUCUUCGUUCCCCCACAUGCGACCUCACUACGUGCGGAACCUGGAGCCCUGCCUGCCGCAGGUUGACGGCAACGGCAACUUCGGGGACAGCUCGGUGGUGCGUUGGCUGCGGCCCCAGCUGCAGCAUUGCGCCGCAGAGCAGUUGGGGCCCUCGCACCUGCUGCAGGCCGGGUGCCAGUUCGGGGUGAGGUCCGGAGACAAGUGCCGCCUCCCCGGGAAAGCGCUGGACUUGGACUACAGCCGCUUGAGUUGCUUCCCUUGGGCCCGCAAAGAGACCUGCAAUGCGACGCCGUCGGCUUUGGAUUUGGCGUCGGUUCCGAAGGCCCCGCGGGCCUCGGGCAUCUUCCACGUGCUGCGCCUGAGCCGCGCCUUCGGCAACGGCGCAGGGAUUCGGCGGACACGCUGCGAGGACUGCGCCGCGAGGCGACUUUGUGCGCUGGGGAUGAGGAACUUCUCUUCAUUGGUUAGCUCCAUGGACGACCCAGACUGGAAGAGCGACUGGGAAGCGCUGGACUCUCACCUUGAGGCUCAGCUCAGAGCUGAGAGGAGGGAGGUGGAUCACGACUGCGAUGUCUGCUCUGGCUUGCUGCUGGGUGCUUACGUCGCCUUCGUGGACGUGAACUUCUUGGCCCGGAAUUUGCGAGCCUGGGAGGAGAGCGGCAACGCAUCGCGGAGCUUCUGGAACUGGUGGUGGUGCAUUGCGGCGUUCCUGCACCAGAACUUCAUUGUUCUCUUCGAGCAUGGCGCCGUGGCGCCUUUUGACAUGCUCGCGCAGUUGACAGAACAGCUGGAUGAGAGGCCUGGUGCCAGUGAUGCUUCUGCUGUUUUGCGGCUGGCCGCUGACGAUCGGCCUUUCUUGAAGAUCAAUCCCUCAUCGCAGUGCUAUUUGGGCAGUGCUGUCCGACACCUCCUAGAUGCCCAACAGGACCCAGCAUGGAGCCAGGGCCACAUCUUCGCGGCCCAGCACUACUUGGCUCACUGCGACCUCACGGAGCUUGGCCGCGCUGGCGCGCUGUGGCGCCUCUUCGGCGCCGCGGGCCGCGCGCUUCCCCCGUCGGCGGCGCCCGUGGGGGUCUGUGGGGCGCGGUUCCGCAGGGUUCGGCGCUUCCGGGCGCGGCGGCCACGGGCGGCGUGGCUGAGCCGCAAGGAGAGCCAGAGCGCGGAGCGGGCGGCGAUCCUGCAGCUCAUCUGA